CACAUCCCCGCUCCUAAACAAACUUCGCCCGGGACAGUCCCGGAGCCUGGAGCCGCCUCGGUGCGCGCGCCCGCGCAGCCCCCUCGGCCGCGCGCCCGCCCCCUCGGGCGGAGACGCGCAGGGGCAAGCGCGCGGCCGCGAGCCCCGGGCGCCAUUUUGGAUUCUGUAACUGGGCCGCUGCUCACCGAGGGCGUCUCGGGCGGCGACGAGGAGGUGCCGGGGCGAAGGACGCAGACUGCGCGGGACAGAGAAGGGAAGCUUUCCCCCCGGGCAGCCGGAGCCGCAAAGGUGGAGCCGCGUCGGCGCCCGCCACGGGACCAGCGUCUCGGAUGCGGGCGGAGCGCGGGGGGCCGCGACGGCGGGAGCGCGGAGACGGGGCCCCGAGAGGCCUCAUGUGAGAGCCGCGGGAGCCGCCGCCGCCGCCCGCGCAGCCCGGGGUGGUGUGUGGGGGAAGCCGCCCCCGGCAGCAGGAUGAAACGAGGAGGCCGAGAUAGUGACCAGGACUCAGCUGAGGAAGGCACUGCCGAGCAGCCUAAGAGACCCAGGACAACACGCGCGUCCGCACAGCCUUGUGACUGGGGUAACCUUCUGCAGGACAUCGUCCUCCACGUUUUUAAGUAUUUGCCUCUUCUUGAUCGGGCUCACGCUUCACAAGUAUGCCGGAAUUGGAACCAGGUAUUUCACAUGCCUGACUUGUGGAGAUGUUUUGAAUUUGAACUGAAUCAGCCAGCUACAUCUUACUUGAAAGCUACACAUCCAGAGCUGAUCAAACAGAUUAUUAAAAGGCAUUCAAAUCAUCUACAGUAUGUCAGCUUCAAGGUGGACAGCAGCAAGGAAUCAGCUGAAGCAGCUUGUGAUAUCUUAUCGCAGCUCGUGAAUUGCUCUCUGAAAACACUCGGGCUCAUUUCCACUGCACGGCCAAGCUUUAUGGACCUCCCGAAGUCUCACUUUAUCUCUGCACUGACAGUUGUGUUUGUAAACUCCAAAUCCCUAUCCUCACUAAAGAUAGACGACACCCCAGUAGAUGACCCAUCCCUUAAAGUCCUAGUGGCCAACAACAGUGACACACUCAAGCUGCUAAAAAUGAGCAGCUGUCCUCAUGUUUCUCCAGCAGGGAUUCUGUGUGUGGCUGAUCAGUGUCAUGGCCUCCGAGAACUGGCCCUGAACUACCACUUGCUAAGUGACGAGUUGUUGCUCGCACUGUCUUCAGAAAAGCACGUUCGCUUAGAACAUUUGCGCAUUGAUGUCGUCAGUGAGAACCCCGGACAGACACACUUCCACACUAUUCAGAAGAGCAGCUGGGAUGCCUUCAUCAAACACUCACCCAAAGUCAACCUAGUGAUGUAUUUCUUUUUAUAUGAAGAGGAAUUUGACCCCUUCUUUCGUUAUGAAAUACCUGCUACUCAUCUUUACUUUGGGAGAUCAGUCAGCAAAGAUGUGCUUGGCCGUGUGGGCAUGACCUGCCCAAGACUGGUGGAACUGGUGGUGUGUGCCAAUGGCUUGCGGCCCCUUGAUGAAGAGUUAAUUCGCAUUGCAGAACGUUGCAAAAAUUUGUCAGCUAUUGGGCUGGGGGAAUGUGAAGUCUCAUGUAGUGCCUUUGUUGAGUUUGUGAAGAUGUGUGGGGGCCGCUUGUCUCAGUUAUCCAUUAUGGAAGAAGUGUUGAUUCCUGACCAAAAGUAUAGUUUGGAGCAGAUUCAUUGGGAAGUGUCUAAGCAUCUCGGCAGGGUGUGGUUUCCAGACAUGAUGCCUACCUGGUGAGGGACUGCGGGACUCGCAUGCUGGCUGGGCAGCACCUCCAUUUAGAAACGUGUUCUGAUGGAAGUUUAUCUGCUCUAGAGCUGAUGCAAUGCUACUGUUUUGUGGCACAGAAAUUUGAUAUCUUCGGUGAGCAUAUAUAAUGAAUGAUGUUUGUCGGAAGACCUACAGUUUGGUUCAGAUAACUCCUUUUUUUGUAGCCUAAUAGCAAUCAAAUGUUUAAAAUUUAAAAUGUGGUUUCAUAUUUGAAAGUAAUAUCCAAUUAUGAAAAUGAGAUAAUUCAUAGUCUAAAGGAAACAACCUGUAAUUGUAAUAUCUCAGAAGUGUACUAAUAGAUUUUCUGAAAUGUUCUCUAUGCAUUUUUUAAAAAAAUGUAAACUUAACAUUUUAGGGUCUUCAGUUAUAUAUACACCUGUUAUAAGGUGUUUAAUAUAGCUCAGGAAAGUGAGCAUUUUGUGAGAGAAAUGUAUGAUAGUGCUCAUAAGACGCUGGUUGAAUGUUUUCAAACGUUAUGAAGCUGUUUUAAAAAUAAAGAUAUAAAUAUCACAGUACUU